AUGCUAGAAGUUAUCAUUGCCAAAUCUGUCAAGGAAAAUUUCAUUUCUUUCCUAGGGAGCAAUCAAUGCAACACAACAUCAGGCCAUGACAAGGUACGGCGCCUCUCCAUCCAUUCUGGUGGCACCAUGGAGAGGAGAACUUUUUCCAGUAAGAACAUAGUCCAUACCCGUUCACUGACAAUUCUGAACAGCACUGAGAAACCUGUACUCAUCAAAUUUUCUCAUUUGAGACUUUUGAGGGUUUUAGAUCUUGAAGGAUGUGGAUGGUUAAGGAAUAAAGAUCUCAAGGACAUUUGCAAACUGUCUCUGCUGAGAUACCUCAGCCUUAGAAACACAGCCAUAUCCCAACUACCAAAUGCAGUAGGGAAACUUAAAGAAUUGGUGACACUGGAUGUGAGGGAAACUUCUGUCCUCGAAUUUCCCAAAGGCAUUACUCGGCUCCAGAAUCUGAAUCAUCUACUUGUAGGCCGUUAUGCAUAUUACACAAGGACACAAAGUGUGAAGCAUUUUUGGUGGAAUGAUGGAGCGAAGGUACCACUUGGAUUAGGGAAUAUGGGUGCCCUCCAGAGAAUCUCUCAUGUAGACAUCUCUACAGAAAAAAGCUCGAAUGCAAUGGGUGAGCUGGGAAAAUUGCAUCAGUUAACCAGACUUUGUGUAGUCAACAGGAAGGAAGCAAAGCUUUGGAAACCCUUUGCUAAGUCUUUGGAUGAGUUUAGCAACUCUCUUCGCUAUCUAAUGGUUGUGGACGAUUCAGAGCAAGUCGAGGAGCUGAAAUUUUUAGCAUACCUGAAGAAUCCCCCUCUGUCUCUGCAGAGCCUGCAUUUGGUGGGACGGCUAACUAGGCUGCCUGGCUGGGUUUCUUCGCUCAGUAACUUGGCCAGUCUGUCGCUUCGACAGACUUACCAAUUGGCCAAGGAUUCUUUUGAGGUUCUAGCGAAGCUCCCCAGUCUUGUUUCUCUCAAGUUAUACGAUAAGGGAUAUACGGGGAGGGCCUUAUUUGAAGAGGGCUGGUUUCCCCAGCUGAAGCAAUUGGCCGUGGAUAAUCUGGAACAGCUUGAGGAGCUCAGCUUCCGUGGGGGUGCACCUAAUCUUGAGAGGCUGACAUUGUAUUUCCCGAGGGUGCCUCGUGGAGGCGUUAAUGGAAUUGGAAAAAAAAAGCUGCCAAAGCUAAGAGAAGUUGAGUUCUUCAGCGUCGUUAUAGAGUCUAUAUUUGACCAGGUGUGUGAGGUGGCCAAAGAAUAUCCAAAUCAUUUGAAAGUCACGAGGGAGGAUCGACCUACUACUACGGAAGCUGCACAGGGGCAGGGAGCAGUGAGCAGGAGUCAACCGAUCAGGUGGAUAUGCCUGCACUACGAUGCAAAGAUGAUGAGGCAACGCCAGCUUGGCGCGUGCAGCCUUCAACGUGUCCUCACACUUAUACAUUGUAAUGUACUUGAGAUCCAGCCAGCUUGCAUUUGA